AUGAAGACAGAACACCUUUAUUUCUUCAAAAAGGCAGAAGACCAGAAGGAGGUCGAGGAUAACGUAGCCUCGGUCAUCGAAAAACACCCCGAGGCGUAUGCGUCCCAUGAAGUGUACGCUUUUGCAGAGAAUAAUACAAUGUGGAUGAUGACAGACCUUGAACUCCGUACUUCAAAUUCAAGCUCCCUCGACGAAAAGGCCAUUGUGAAGGAGGCCAGACGGAAAGAAGGCAUCAGCUAUUUGGGAUCAGGACCCACGUUGAACGAUUCAAAUUGCAGACUCGUUCAGUGCGUCACGGAAAGAAGGCUGUUGAAUGUGGACCCACUAGAGGCUUUGGGAGACAAUGCUUUGAACACUCCUAUAGACAAAAGAGCGCUUUACGAGCUUUACUGUCUUUGGGUUGGAAAAAAACGGAUUCCUUUCCAGCCUGGUAUCACCAGAAAGUCGGUUUUCAGCUGGCAUGAUAUUCGAAGUCAGCCUUCACUGACAGUAGUUGUUGAACCACAAGAUUCGAAAAACGUCCAUCCCAUCGAGGCCACACUAAUGGUGGACUACAAUUUUGACCAGGACGUGGAGUUUUCACAGCUAUCCAACGUUGUGUGUCCAGGCAAAAUGAUCACAGACUUUGACAUCCGAUUGUACCUGAAGAAACCAGCAUUCUGUAGCUGUAUACGGGGCAUAGUGGUGAAGAGAAUAGUGGUGAAACUCAAGGAGUUCACAAGCUGUAAAGUUGCCGUUAACGGCACAUAUGCUGUUUGCAAAGACGUUAGAGAUGAGACUUUGCGGGAUACAGAGUGCAAUUAUUCUAUUUCACCAGACCGCUUCCAUAGAUACCCCGGUGAAGCAUCUGUAUUAAUUCCUUCGAAAUUCCACCAAUGCCGCCUUCCAUACCUAGGUCCCAGCUUCAGUUCAGAAAACUGCUCGAGAACUUACGCUCUUGAGUAUGAGGUUUCUUUUGAGUGUACUAGGGGAAUUUGUUCUUCGAAGUUCGUUGCGCUUAUUGGAAUAGGCGUACCACUGCCCGAAAAGUCCUAUUUGUACCCCGAAAAGCAGGUGAAGAGAGUAAGGGAUUUGCUUCACAUUGAUACAUUUCCGAAAUCACCGUUGGUCAUGCACGAUGUCAGAAGAAAUACCGAAAAACGAACAUCCAGCACCAAAGCGGGCAUCUUGGGAUACCAGACUUUAUCCGUUUCAGACAAGGAAGGAUCGGUCUUGACCACCACCACUAUCUCAUUGCUGGAUUCUCCUCCAAAGACCGAAAAGCCCAUUUCGUAUCUCGAUUCCAAAAUCGACCCUAACUGUGCGUUGGUUUAUCGAAAAGACAGAUACUCGCUUUCUGGAGUCAAGCUUGAAAAGUCAGUGUGGUUGUCUCUCUACGACAGCUACGAUCUCUUGCCCAAGAACCCCAACUACUUUCUCCUAGUGGCUCAAAAAAAGAAGGUGAUACUGGGAAUGCCAUUUGAGGAAGCCUUCAAAAUCAGCAUCAUUACAGCUCACGAUGAGCCUUUGGGCAUCAGCAAUAUAGAUAUAACGAUUGUUAAGAAGACAGUCGUUAUGGAGGGACAAAAGCAGGUGUGCACUGAGAAGAGCUUUCCAUUGUUGAACAAUUGUCUCGGACUAUUAUUCGGUGUUUCUCUUCCUUCGUAUCAUUCUGGGAAUAAGCGUUUUGAGUAUCGUCUCCCUGACGAAAUCACAAAAUGCAAGAUUCCCAAAUUAGCACCAUCGCUAGCAUCGAGCACAAUGCACUGGGACUACUUUCUUGUGGUGGAGAUCACACCAGACUGGAUGACGCCGUUUGCUAAAAGGUUUGGGGCGAUACAGCGGGUGGAUAUCGUUGGAGAGGAUUUUUGCUGA